AUGCAGCUCUACAGCCCUCCCCGGCUGGGCAAUAUGGCUGCUGCUGCUACUGCUUGCAAGCUGUGUGCAGGCAGAGGGUACGGCGGGGCAGGCCGGGGCUCGGCUCCUGUACAGGCUGGACACUGAAGGCUCCUGCUGGGCCUGGAACUUCCAGAGACUCAUAAGAGAGGAAGGGGGAAGCCUGAGCGAUUCUUUACCCCCCCCCCUUUCAUCUGUGCAGCAUGGAACCCAAACACAGGGAGUUACUCCAACAGUGUCACCAGAACCUGGUGGAGUCCAUCAGCGAUGCAGACAGGUUGCUGAACCUCCUGGAGGAGGCUGGCACCCUCACCCUCAGGGACAGGCAAGAGCUGGACAGCAGUGGCCCUGAUGACCGUGACAAAGUGGACCUCCUGCUCAAGAUGCUCCUGGUGAAGGACAAGGACCACUUCCAAGACCUGCGGGUGGCCCUGGAGAAGACUGAACCCCAUCUCUUGUCCAUCCUUUACUUGAAUGGCAUGGGAAGCGAAGACACGGCAGGUUCCACUUACAGUGUUCUCACGACCAUGCCUUCAGACUCGGAAAGCAGCGGAUCCCUCAGCAGUGUCGGUACGACUAAUAAAGCCUCAUCCCCACCCCCAUCUGCUGCUGGCAGUCGUCACAUGACCGAGAAGUUAGACACCAUAUUGUCGCAGCUGAGGCAGGUAACGCGUGAGAGGGAUGAGCUCCGCAAACGCUUGGCUUUAUCCUCCCCAGGAUCAACGUUUGAUGACUGCAGGCCGAGUCCUAAAUUGUCACCUGACUACGAGCGAUUAAAGGUGCAGUGCAUGAAAGCCAUGACUGAGCUUGAGUCCCUACAGAACCAGCACUCAAAUGCACUUAAGAAGUGUGAAGAAGCAGCAAAGGAAGCAGAUUUUUAUCACACUCUGCACAGCCGUGUGUUGAGCGACCAGACACAGCUCCAAGAAGAUGGGGAGAGUCUGCGGCGGAAACAUGCCCAGUUACAGCGCGAGUUCAAUCACCUGCAACAAUCCUGUCAAGACCUCAAGAGGAUGCACGAAGCUGAUCAGAAGGAGAUCUCAGAACUUCGGAGACAACAGCAACUGGUGGUAAAACAGAAUGGCUCCUCUGAACUCAUUAACAAGCUAUAUGACACUGCUUUGGACAAGCUAGAAAUUUUGAAGAAAGACUAUGACACUUUACGUAAACAGUACAAUGAGAAGGUGACCAGCCAUAAUUUGGAUUUAGGGCGUUUGGAGCAGAGCGAGGAGGAGAAGAGGAGCCUGCAGAAGCAGCUGGAGGGGCUUCUAAAGCAGAGGGACAGUGCACUGCACCUCCAACAUCAGUACACAUCCUCUUUAAGAAGGUACGACUCCAUUCAGCAGGAAUUGAAUAAAGCAGCAUUACAGAACAAGGAGCUGCAGAGAGAAGUGGAGAGGCUGCAAGCUGAGGCUACACGGUUUAAGACCAUGCAACUUAAGGCAGCCAAAGAUGCUGAGAAAUACAAGGAGGAGAGAGACUCUGUGUUCAAUGAGUAUCGCUUAAUCAUGAGCGAGCGGGACCAAGUUAUCAAAGAGAUGGAUAAAAUGCAAACUGAGCUUGAGCUAGCACAGGGGAGGCUAAAAAAUACAUCCAGUGAGAAGAGAGUUGCCAGCGAGGAGAUGGAAGCUCUUAGACAGGAGCUAAACUCUGCCCUGGUAGAACGGGACAGGGCCAUCUUUGAAAGGAAUGAGCUUCUUGAAAAGUAUUGCCAUGAGGUGAAAGACAAGGCAGAAGCACAAAAGGAGCUAGAUCAAGCCUGUAAGGACAUAGAGACUGUGAAAGAAGAACGGGAUGUGGCAAGGAAAGAAAGGACAGAGGCCAUCAUACAGAGGGACCACCUACUGAGAGAGUACUAUCAAGCCAGACAGAUUCAGGAUUCUGCUACUCUAGACAUGGAAAGAGCCAACAAAGAAAUUGAGGUCCUGAGGAAGCAGUAUGAAGCCAUGAGCCAUGAACUAAAGGAAGCCACACAGGAGGCUGAAGUAGCCAAAUGCAGGCGAGAUUGGGCCUUUCAGGAGAGGGACAAAAUUGUGGCUGAGAGAGAAAGCAUCCGUACGUUGUGUGAUAACCUACGUAGAGAACGAGAUCGUGCAGUCAGCGAGCUAGCAGAAGCAUUGAGAAACCUAGACGACAUGCGCAAACAGAAGAAUGAUGCUGCAAGAGAACUGAAGGAGCUGAAGGAAAAGAUGGAUAAUCACAUUGAGAAAGAAGCCAGGUUCCGUCAGCUUAUGGCUCAUAGUUCUCACGAUUCUGCGAUUGACACAGACUCACUGGAGUGGGAGACUGAAGUGGUAGAGUUUGAGCGAGAUAGGGAGGAUAUGGACCUUAAGGCUCUGGGGUUUGAUGUGGCAGAUGGGGUGAAUGAGCCGCCCUUUCCAGGGGACAGUGGCAUUUUUGUGACAAAGGUUGACAAGGGCAGCAUUGCAGAUGGCCGUUUAAGAGUGAAUGAUUGCCUCUUGAAGAUAAAUGAUGUGGAUCUCACUAACAAGGAUCGUAAGCAGCUAAUUAAAGCUGUAUUAAGUGGAGGAGAUGUUAUCAACAUGGUAAUUCGUAGAAGAAAAUCUCUGGGGAAUCGAAUUGUCACUCCUCUUCAUAUCAGUCUGGGUGGCCAGAAAGACAGUGGUAUCUCUUUAGAGACUGGUGUGCUGGUGGCAUCUGUGAUGCCUGGGAGUCCUGCUGCCAAGGAAGGAACCCUUAUGCCUGGUGACAGAGUGGUGGCUAUUAAUGGUAUAGCUGUAGACAACAAGUCCAUCACUGAAUGUGAGGCUCUUCUGAGAAGCUGUCGGGAUUCACUUAGCCUUUCUCUUUUAAAGAUAUUUCCACCAAAUACAUCAUGGAGUGGACAAAACCUAUUUGAAAACCUUAAGGAGUCCUGUCGUGUUCUCCCAUCAAAUAUUCACACUCAUAAGAGGAACCUGAAGAACAACAGCUCGACACAAACGGAUAUCUUCCACCCAGAUAUGAUUGAUCAUAAAAAGGAGAUAGGAGAUCGCAGUGGGUCAGACAGAGCCCUGCAGUUGAGCUGUCACAGUCACUCGGAGCAUAGUUUGGGAUCACUUGGAGGAGAGGUUUUUAUUGGACGUGGUUAUGAGUUAGAGGAGGAAGGACGACCGCUUGGAUACUCAGAUGCUAUAACAGAUGUUAUAGUUGAUGCACCUACGGGCAAGAGGAGUAGUGGUACAUGGCCUAAAGUUAUGGUUAGCCCAGGACACUCCCAGAGUGAGUUCACAGUCUUCAAGAGGCCCAGGCAUAGAAAAUCCAUCUUUGACCCAGACACUUUUAAGAGGCCUCAGACUCCUCCAAAACAUGCCUAUAUGCCUCCUGGACCAAUCAUUGCACACUCUCCCCAGCCUUCAAAGGUGGAAAGGCCACUAACCCCCCCAACGCCUCCAAAACGAAGUGACUCUAUUAAGUUUAAACAUAGACAUCAGUCCAGCUCCGCUUCAGAUUCCACAGUAACUGCUGGCUCACCACCUACUAGCCCAUCUCCUGCUUCUAUCCCUUCUGGCCAGGAAGGAUCAUACAAAAUGCAUAGUAGGGGUAUUGGGAAAUGCUGCAGAGACGAAGGGACAGAUUGUGCCUUGCCUGGAUGUCGAGGUGGUGGAGAGGUGGAAAGUUGUUUACAAAGAGCGGAGGAACCAGAAGUGAAAAGGCCAAGACCACUGUCUGCUCCAGCACUAAAGCAUCGCCUAACUCCUGUAUCCAUUCCUCAUUAUGCAUUGCAGACCCAGAAGUUUUCCCCCAAUUCAGAGGGUCGUCUGUCUCCUGAUAUAGCUCAUGAGUGGGUGCGGUUCUCUCCCACUCGGUCCCCCCGCCAUAGUGAAAUCUUUACAACUUCCUUGUAUGGAUCUGGUAUGUCAGGUACUGUUCCCCGGAGUCUGGCUCCAUGUCCUGCAGUUACAGCAGUUUGUAGAAACCCAAUCUACACAGCCUGGAGUCAUCGUGUACCAUCUAAUAACUGUCCUUCCUCCACAGGCCAAGUCUGCUCACAGCACCUACAUCAAAGUGCACAGCACCAUGGUCGCUUAAGCUUAGACCUGAGCCACAAACAUCCCAGUGAAUACUGCGACACAUCCCGUCCCAGAGUGUCCCAUGGUUCCAAUUCUCUCCCCUCCAGUGCUCGCCUGGGAUCUUCACGAACUGAGCGCAUUAAAAUUCCAUUAACUCCAAGAUAUGUGAGGUGCCCAGUGGGUUCAGAUAGGGGCUCCCUGUCUCAAUCUGAGUGUAGCAGUCCUAGUUUAUCUAGUCCACCUCAUUCUCCCCUAAACUUAGAAACAUCCUCAUUUGCAAGUAGCCAGUCACAGAACUCCAUCGCCAGCUUACCAAGGAUAUCCAUAAGUACUGUGCCAAUGGGGGAACGAAGGAAGGACAGUCAUUACUACUUCUUCCCUCAUGUUUCAUCUUCCAGAUAUGUUUUCCGCACUAGGUCCUUACUCAGGCUUCCAGCCCGUUCUAGGCCCAGGUUUUCCUCAGUAAGAUGCUUGAGGCCACUAGUGGAUGAGCCUCGACAUGUUCGAGUACAGAAAGGUGCAGAGCCAUUGGGAAUUUCUAUUGGCGGAGGAGAGAGUGGGGGAAUCUUUGUAUCGAAGGUUAUGGCAGGAAGCAUUGCGCAGCAAGCUGGGUUAGAGUAUGGGGACCAGUUGUUGGAGUUUAAUGGGAUAAAUCUGAGAAAUGCCACUGAGCAGCAAGCAAGACUGAUUAUUGGACAGCAAUGUGAUACCAUCACCAUCUUGGCUCAGUACAAUCCUCAUAUGUGCCAACCCCCCCACUCACGAUCCAGUUCCCGACUGGAUGCUAGUACUACUCAUUCCACGCCGCAUGGAAGUGGGGCGGCAACACCUGACAAUCAUUCCGUUAUUGACACUGUGAGUGAGCAAGAUGAGGGGACUAUGACUCCGCCUUCAAAAGAAACCACGCCCAGCACAAGCCCUUACAGCUCACUCAAGACCCCUAUGGAAGGUGUAAAAAGACAUUCAGAGGUCCGUACAGUCACCCUUUCUAAAUCUCCAGUAGAGCUUGGAAUGCAGAUCUGUGGAGGUAAUCUUCAUGGUAUUUUUGUGAUGGAUGUUGAUGAGGAUAGCGCUGCAGGUGGACUAUCGGGGCUACUACCAGGAGACCUGAUUCUAGAAUAUGGUUCGGUUGAUAUGAGGAACAAAACAGCUGAAGAAUCUUACCUAGAAAUGUUGAAACCAACAGAGAAUGUCAAGCUAAAAGUACAACAAAAAUUAGAGGAAUUCAAUAGAAUCAAAGAUCAAACCGGGGAUGGUUUCUAUGUGAGAGCACUUUACGAUAGAACAGGAGAAAAUUCUCAGGAGCUGAGUUUUAAGAAGGAUGAUAUACUGUUUGUGGAUGACACCCUCCCUCAAGGAGCUUUUGGUGUAUGGAUGGGUUGGCAGCUUGAUGAAAAUGCUCAGAAACUGGAGAGAGGCCAGAUUCCUAGCAAAUACAUGAUGGAGCAGGAAUUCUCACGACGGCUCAGUGUUUCAGAGGCAAAAGAUGAAGGUUCUGCUGGGAAGACGCUUUCUGCCGCAGCCAGGCGCUCCUUCUUCCGCAGGAAACACAAACAUAAGCGGAGUGGGUCUAAAGAUGGCAAGGAACUUCAAGGACUUGAUACAAUUAGCACAGAUUCCAUCCUCUUCCUAGAUGAAUCUAUGAACUUGGCAUACCAGCGAGUUCAGAGGGUAGACUGCACAACGCCUCGACCUGUGCUUAUCCUAGGACCAUUAGUUGAUGCUGUGAAAGAUAUGCUUGCCAAGGAGUCCCCAGGGAGGUUCUGCAGAUGUCCUCUAGAGGUAAUGAAAGCCUCACAACAGGCCAUAGAGCGUGGGGUGAAGGACUGUCUUUUUAUAGACUACAAGAGGCGAAGUGGGCACUUUGAUGUCACCACAGUUGCCUCAAUAAAGGAGAUCACAGAGAAGAACUGUCACUGUCUGUUGGACAUAGCUCCUCAUGCUAUUGAACGUCUGCACAGCGUUCACAUCUACCCCAUUGUCCUCUUCAUCCGGUACAAAAGCACUAAGCAGAUAAAGGAACAAAAGGACCCAAUCUUUCUAAGGGACAAAGUUACACAGAAAAAUUCCAAAGAGCAGUUUGAAUCCGCACAGAAGGUUGAGCAGGAAUACAGCAAGUAUUUCACAGCUGUAAUUCAAGGAGGUGCUCUGGUCAGCAUUUGCACUCAGAUCUUGGUAAUUGUGGAACAAGAACAAAACAAAGCCCUGUGGAUCCCAGCCAAUGCCUUGUGAGGUCUCAGUUCUGCCGCUCAUCAUAAAAACAUCUUGUACGUAACUCCACUUCAUCUUAACUUCCACUGAAAAUGCAAUGGAGGUCAAAUCCGCAUAUUAGCAAAAUGAAUGGGAAAGCCACUGAAUCACCAACAAAAUGACUCUAGAAGUCCACACGCUGGAAAACGCUGGAGUCCUUUAAAUUUGAAAGUGUAAAUCGACUUGUCUUCACCACACCAGAAGGCCCAUAGAAAAUGGAUCAAACAAGCCAAUGCACAGGGGGAAGCACCCCACUUGCUGCCUGUGGAGGAACUAUAAUGGUCUAGUGGAGAAGCCAGAACUAAACACUAGGACAAAUAAGCCUUUGGCACCAUCAAGGCAGCAAUGACUAUGAGUGAGUUGCUGUGUCUGCAGGAGAACUUUGAAUCUGUAGUGCUUAUAGAUUCAGAUUAUAUUGGGAGCAGUUUUAUUUUUUCUACUCUUUAACACACUAAUCAUUGGUACUCGGCCAGGGGUAUAUCAGGAAGAACUACUACUAUAUGAUGGCAACUGUUUGGGUCCUGUAGUAAACCACCUGCUAUGUCAUAUUAAACACUUCACUUCUGGAGAUGAUUAGUUGAUAUGCUGAUACUUGAAUGAGUGGUUUCUUGGCAGAUGGAUUGACCUGUUUCUGUGACACUACCUGUGUCUGCACUUUUCUGGAAACAUGCCAGCUGUCAGAAUGUAUAAUUCAUAUGGAAAGGAGGGAAAAUGUAACAUUUGUUGAAUAGUUUGUACAAUGCACCUUCCAUGCCUAGGUGUGAAGAAUAAUCACAUUCACACAUGUACGCAUACAUUCAUGUUUAACUAUUAUGGAUUGAAACCAUCGGCUCUCUUACAAACUAAAAAUAAUUGCCUUUCAAAGCCAUUAAACAUCACACAUGCCUUACAGACACUUGUUGAUCUCCUCAAAGGUUUUCUACCAAGUAUUAGCAAGGAUAGAUUGCUGCAAUGAAGGCAGGGAAUUGAGAAGAGAAAACCCACAAAGAUAUGACAUUUUGGCUUCAGAAUACAUUUAUUGCCCCCGAGGCUCGGUAGCAAAGUAAAUUAGGAGCCUCCGCGGUGGGUGUUUAUGUUUUACAUUAAAGGGACCUGGUAAACUUUGUAUGUUUAUAAAUAAAUCAUUGUAUUUAUAUAAGAAGUAACAAGUACCACACAGUUAUUAACAUUAUUGAAAGCAUCAGCUCCAGGGCAGAAACGUGCUCAAGCCAAGUAGAAUUUACAAACGUAAGAUGUCUACUAAAGGGAAUUUACUGAAAUUUCCAUACUUCUGUUUACAUAAAAAAAAAAUCUAUG